AUGAUACGCCUAUACAUACUUCUUUGCCUCUUACCAUGCCUCCUCCUGACCGCUCCAUUUGCUCAUGCUGCCCUCUUGCCUCGCCUCAAAGCGACAUUCAACCUACCAGGUGCCGUUUUUACUGAGCCUGAAACCAGAUCUCUCAAAGUAGUCCCGUUCAAAGAGCUUCCUGGGCAAUCUCAUCAUGGCCAUCGACUUCAUCAUACUCUCAGUUUGGUGAAGCGACUGGUCGAAGACCAGGGCGAUAUGGUUGAAGUUACGGAGGAAGCUCUGGAGGAACUGCUGGAACAGAUCAACAAGCUUCAUGACCAAGUCAAUGGCAUGAUGCCUUCUGGUGCACCAGAUAGACAGCCUUCUCGUGAGACAGGUGCCUCAUCAAACGGACAGUCUGCAGGUUCUUCUGAUGGAUCUUCCAGCGAUGGUCAGCCCAAACAGCUACCUGGGCAGCCAGCCGAAGCUAAAGUUUCUGACCCCGAGGAUGCACCUGGUCCAUCUGAAGUUCCUAUAGUCUCUGAGCCCUCUCUGCGACCUGAGUUACCUGCACCAACAGAUGACGCUGAUGCUGUUCGCGAGCCACAACCUCCGAAUUCACCAGAACAAUCAAGCGUACCAGGACAGUCGCGGAUAGAGGGGCUUGAUAGACAAGCAAAAUCGGCACUGGCCCCAGCAGCUGCAAAUCCCACUCAGGCAGCGAACGACAAACCUACUAACCCCCCUAGCGAAGCCGAGCCUGAAGUGCCGCCUGGUGAUGGUGCAGCUGUGGCCUUGACAGAGUCUGCAGAUGCCUCUGAAAACGGUGAGGCUCUCCAGUCCGACAACCUACCCAACAAUGCCGUUGCUCAACCCUCAGGCGACUCUCAGGCUCCAUCCGGGACACAAGUCAACACGGCAGAAGACGUCAAGCCAACUGAGGAGCCCCAAGAUGAAGAUUCUAGUCCUGUUCCUAGCGACACCGAUGCAGGACAAUCCAGUGCUUUGCCCGGAGGUGCAUUCAUUGAGAGUCCUGAUGGGAUACUUCAGACACUUUCAAACGGUGUCACACCUACGGAACAGCCUGGUGAUCCAGCACCUGAGGAAACCCAGGAGUCGUCGCCGCCAGACGACGAGUGUGCUGAAAAUGAAGUAAGUGGUCUCCCCGGCACAAUUAGAAACUCUAACUGCACACCAGGUAAUAGGCCAUUUACGAGCGACCCUGCGCAAGACGCUUCAGCAAAUCCGUCUCUUGUCGCUACCGCGGAGACAAGCCUGGCUCAGAUAGCUGCUACAGCUUCUGAACUUGCGAGUCAAGAACCGAUAAAGGGAGACUCCCCCGUGGCUACCCAAGUCAAAGGACAGGCCCCAGCACUGGAGACUGAAGCUACAUCAACGCCGACUAUCAAUGUUGUGGACUCGCAGCAGCUUGCUGCACCUACAUUGAUAGCUAGCCCCCCUGUAGCUUCCAACCUUGAGCCCUCGACCGUGAUGCAGCUUUCAGUAGAGAAGACAUCUCCAAUUCUGAGAACUUUGGUGUUUACUUCCGUGAUCACAAAAUCUUCAACUAUCAAGAUAACUACCACUCGCACGGAGUUUGUCGACGCGAACGAGCCCACUCGGUCUUUCAAGGCUCCUGGUCAUGUUUUCAAGGAGGAUGAAGAUGCAGGCGCAACUUUCAACAAAGAUGGAAAGCUUGCUGUAGAAGAUAGUGAUGACGACAAUACACCAGGUAUUAACACACUGGAUAGGAUAAGAAGAACGAAAGCUGAUUAUUUUGAAGAAACGCCCCUUCAAGGAACCUCUCUCGGUACCGAAAUUACGCCAGAGACUGCGUCCCCCAGCACCACGAUAAUGGCCAUGACAACGACAAUCAGCUUGAGUUACCGAAGCACCAUGCCGACUCCAGAAGCCACUCAGAACCUUGUGCCUGCUUUGGUACCAUCCGCUAUCAUACGUGGUAAUGGGACAGACGAUACGACACCUACCAGCGGGUUCAAGACCGUCAGAUCGACGGCUAGUUUGGCAGAGAGAGCACUGAUUUAG